CUUUUAUCCGAGAUUACAUUAACUGUACAGCAAUAUGGCUGCCGCUGACUGUCCUUUGUUUACAAACGUCGUAAUGAGGAAGUAAAGACUGUGUUUACUACUUCAGCACGACAUCUCCAAGGCUGUACAGUAGCUACGAGAGGCACGAUAGUUAUCGAUCUUUAGAGAACCACCUGUUUUUGUCGUUCGAAGUGGAUUAACUUCUGCUAGAGUUAAAGUUUUCAGCUCUGUGCACACAGGUAGAAUGAGUGUGGGUUUCAUAGGAGCAGGCCAGCUGGCCCACGCUCUGGUGAGAGGCUUCACAGCUGCAGAGAAUGGGAGUCCAUUUCACCACCAGUAACAAAGAGACCGUGAACAAGAGUGAUGUUCUCUUCCUGGCUGUGAAGCCACACAUCAUUCCUUUCGUACUGGAUGAGAUCGGACCAGACAUUGAAGAUCGUCACCUCAUUGUGUCCUGUUCUGCAGGUGUCACCAUCAGCUCUAUAGAGAAGAAGCUGCAGCAGUAUCGCAUUGCUCCAAAGGUGAUGCGCCUCAUGACCAAUACGCCAGUGGUGGUGCGUGAGGGUGCCACUGUGUACUCCACGGGCACCCACGCAGAGCUGGAGGAUGGACGGCUCCUGGAGCAGCUGAUGGCCAGUGUGGGGUACUGCAUUGAGGUGGAAGAGGACCUGAUUGAUGCUGUCACCGGCCUCAGCGGCAGCGGCCCUGCCUACGCGUUUACAGCUGUAGAAGCUCUCGCUGAUGGGGGAGUUAAAAUGGGCCUGCCCAGGAGACUGGCUGUGCGCCUCGGAGCCCAAGCCCUGCUGGGAGCUGCUCGGAUGCUGUUGGACUCCGAGCAGCACCCUGGCCAGCUCAAGGACAACGUGUGCUCGCCAGGGGGCGCCACCAUCCAUGCCCUGCACGUCAUGGAGAGUGGCGGCUUCCGCAGCCUCCUGAUCAAUGCUGUAGAGGCCUCCUGUGUUAGGACCAGGGAACUUCAGUAUUUGGCUGACCAAGAGAAAAUCUCCCCGGCUGCCAUAAAGAAGACAACUCUGGACCAAGUGUUGCAGCAGCCGGGAGUGUCUGCAGAUGCUGUUGGAGUCAGACCUCGUGGGAUUAGUAUGUUCAGCAGCAGCAGUAGCAGCAGUAACCCAAGGAGCAAAAAGAAGUGAACAUUUCUUUUGUAAAGCUCAGACACAGCACAUUGUAAUGUUAGGAUGAGGUAAGCUAACCCAGUGGAGUACUUCCUUGAAUAAAUAUAUAUAUUUGGGAUGAUACUGUGAAAAAAGCAAUAUUUCUUUUUUGUAAUAAACUGUCCUUUCUUUGUGAGA